GCCAAACCCGGUGAGUCCAGUUAUGUUUGCUAUCUUUUGCAAAAGACUACAAAUUUCAGUAACUAAUGGGAGUAUUGCUGUCUCAGAGUCAAUUUCCCAUCUGGGUUUUCCUCAAAAGCCCUUAUUUGUCAGUUAUUUCUCUUCAUCUUCAUCAUUUGCAGCUAUUGUAGAUGAACAAAAACGCAACUUCACGGUGUCAUACCUUGUAAAAUCAUGUGGGUUGUCCCUAGAAAGGGCUACUUUUGCAUCCAAAAAGGUCCAUUUUGAAACCCCUGAGAGACCAGACUUGGUUGUUAAUCUUCUCAAGAACCAUGGAUUCACCAAUGCCCAGAUCUCUAAAUUUGUCAUGGGAGCGCCACGGUUGCUUUUGUCAGAUCCUGAGAAGACCCUUUUGCCCAAACUUCAGUUUUUCGGUUCUAAGGGGCUUUCAGACACGGAAUGUGCUCAGAUAAUCUCUUCUUGCCCAUCCGUCUUGGUAAGAAGCCUCAAUCGUCUUAUGCCCAUUUUUGAUUUCCUCAAGAGUACACUUGUUAUGGAUGAAAAAGUUGCUGCAGCUUUGAAGCGAUGGCCUCGACUUCUUUGUCAGGAUGUAGAUAAGAAUUUAGCUCCCAAUUUGGGGCUUCUGAGAGAAAUUGGAGUGCCUCAGCCUUUCAUCUCUCGCUUUUUGACUACUUGGCCCGGCUCAGCAUUCCUUAAGCAUUCUAAAUUUGGUGACGUUGUCAAGGAGGUUAAGGAUAUGGGGUUUGAUCCUUUCAAAUCAAAGUUUGUCCUCGCAAUUCGUGUGCUUAUUGGAAUAAAGAAAGUUAACUGGGAGAAUAAAUUUGAAGUUUAUGGGAGGUGGGGUUGGUCUAAGGAUGAGACGCUCCUAGCAUUCAAAAUGUGCCCUUUGAUUAUGAUAAUAUCCGAAAACAAAAUCACGAAAGUAAUGGACUUUCUUAUUAACAAAAUGGGUUGGCCAUCAACUGAUAUUGCUAGAUAUCCUUUGGUACUAUGUUUCAGCUUGGAGAAGAGGACUAUUCCUAGGUGUUCAGUUGUUCAAAUUUUGCUGUUGAAGGGUUUAAUCAAGAAGGAUUUAUCCGUAUAUAGUUUUGUAGGACUUGUAGAGAAGCACUUCUUGGAGAGAUAUGUGACCAAAUUUCAAAAAAGCUGUCCCCAACUGCUGAGUGUCUACCAAAGGAAUGGUGGAUCGUUAGGACUAACUACUGAGGAAUUAGAUCUGAAAAUAUGUGUGGAGGAAACCAUUGAAGCACCAUGAUAUUUAACAUCAAUACCCUUUUUCACCAUAUGAGGUUAGGAUUCAGCAUCUUCAGAGUUAUUAUGAUUGAUUUAUCUAUCCCAACGACGCGUUUUAUCUCUCGCGCUCAGAUGUAACUUUCUUGCUUUCUUAGUGGUGAUCAAUCUAGGCAGUGAUGGAGAGAAUUGUUGUCGCUUGUUUGUAAUGUAUUUUUCACUUCGAACAGUUUGAAAUUAUAACAUGUUCGACCCUCUUAUUGCUGCUGAACCUCUAUUAGCAUGGAGUGUUCUCAGGUGUGCAGUCAGCGGCAGUUAUGUUAAGGCCAAUUGAAGUGGCUAUUUUGCACUUGCUGGAUUCUUCAGGGGAUGAGGACAUUUUUUUUAUGAAAUAGCUGUGGAUGGUGAUAUGGUAGUUGUCCUCAAAGAGGGAAGAGCAGAAGCCUUUAAAAACAUGUUGAUCUCAUGAGAGAGGUGGAUCUUGCUUUGCUAGAGUCCUGGAAUACUGCUGCUCUGGACUUGUUGAUUAGGGAAAAACUCACCUAUGAGAGUUGGCAUGAAAGAGUUAAUGGUACUGAGGUAAUCAUGUUCAAUUAAGUUUAUCACCAAAUGUUAUAGUGUGAUCAAGUGAGAGACGAUUAUGUAGGAAUGAUCACACUAUAACAAGUGUGGUCAUCCACACCCCAAAUCAUCUUCAUAAAAAGUGAUAACUUUUAUCGAAGUUAUAAAAUGAGAAACAAUGCAACUGUGGAUAUUCUAUGAAUGGAGA